UGUUCUGGACCCAGUAGGAGGCCCAUGGAGCCUGGGGCCACAGGCCACAGAGGACAAGGGCCAGACACCCCAGCCAUGGCUCUGGGCCAUUGAUCCACCGCAGGCCAGCCUGGUGGGGGUGGGGAAACGUUGGCCUGAACAAACAGAGCUCCCGUAGGCCCGUGUGUGGGACUGUCACCCACCCACCACUCCGGGAGGAUGCCCAGGGCUGAGGCCCCCCAGGUCACCGGCGGGCAGAGUGAUGGAGGUGGUGGUGAGGAGGCAGAGCCAGAGGGCAUGUUCAAGACCUCCAAGAGGAGAGCCCGGGACUACAUGUGCCUGGCGCCCUUGUGGCUGGUCCUGGUCCUAUUGGCUUCAGUGGCGGUCAUGCUCUGGUAUUUCCUAGGGUAUAGGGCCGAGGUGACAGUCAGCCAGGUGUACGCGGGCAGCCUCCGGGUGCUCAAUCGUCACUUCACCCAGGACCUCGCCCGCCGUGACUCUGGCAUCUUCCGCAGUGAAGCCGCUAAAGCCCAGAGGAUGCUCAAAGAACUCAUUGCCAACACCCGCCUGGGUUCUUACUACAACUCCAGCUCCAUCUACUCCUUUGGGGAGGGACCCCUCACCUGUUUCUUCUGGUUCAUCUUGCAAAUCCCAGAGCACCUCCGGCCCUCGCUGAGCCCCGAGAUGGUGCAGACGCUGCUGGCGGAGGAGCUGCUGUCUGCAGCCAAUAGCUCGGCCCCUGUCUCCUACACGGCCGAGUAUGAGGUGGACCCUGAGGGUCUGGUGAUCCUGGAAGCCAGUGUGAAAGACAUAGUGGCACUGAAUUCCACUCUGGGCUGUUACCGCUACAGCUACGUGAGCCAGGGCCAGGCUCUGCGGCUCAAGGGCCCCGACCACCUGGCCUCCAACUGCCUGUGGCACCUGCAGGGCCCCCAGGAGCUGAUGCUCAAGGUGCGGCUGGAGUGGACCCUGGCUGAGUGCCGCGACCGCCUGGCCAUGUAUGACGUGGCUGGGCCACUGGAGAAGAGGCUCAUCACCUCGGUCUACGGCUGCAGCCGCCAGGAGCCAGUAGUGGAGGUGCUGGCCUCGGGUGCCGUCAUGGCGGUGGUGUGGAAGAAGGGCCUGCACAGCUACGUGGACCCCUUCGUGCUCUCCGUGCAGCCAGUGGCUUUCCAGGCCUGCCAGGUGAACCUGACGCUGGAGGGCCGGCUGGACCCACAAGGUGCCCUCAGCACACCCUACUUCCCCAGCUACUAUUCUCCCAGCACCCACUGCUCCUGGCACCUCACGGUGCCCUCUCUGGACUAUGGCUUGGCCCUCUGGUUUGACGCCUAUGCUCUGCGAAGACAGAAGUAUGGCCUCCCAUGCACACAGGGACAGUGGACAAUCCAGAACAGGAGGUUGUGUGGCUUGCGCACCCUGCAGCCCUACGCUGAGAGGAUCCCUGUGGUGGCCACGGCUGGCAUCACCAUCAACUUCACAUCGCAGAGCUCCCUGACAGGGCCGGGCGUGCGGGUGCACUACAGCCUGUACAACCAGUCGGACCCCUGCCCCGGUGAGUUCCUCUGCUCCGUGAAUGGACUCUGUGUCCCUGCCUGCGACGGGAUCAAGGACUGCCCCAACGGCCUAGACGAGAGAAACUGCGUCUGCAGAGCCACAUUCCAGUGCCAAGAAGACAGCACGUGCAUCCCCCUGUCCCGAGUGUGUGACCGGCAGCCCGACUGUCUCAACAGCAGCGACGAGGCGCAGUGCCAAGAGGGAGUGCCUUGUGGAACCUUCACCUUCCAGUGUGAGGACCGCAGCUGUGUGCGGAAGCCCAACCCACAGUGUGACGGGCAGCCGGACUGCAGGGACGGCUCGGAUGAGCUCCACUGUGACUGUGGCCUCCAGGGCCCCUCCAGCCGCAUCAUAGGUGGGGCUGUGUCCUCUGAGGGUGAGUGGCCAUGGCAGGCCAGCCUCCAGGUUCGGGGCCGGCACAUCUGUGGGGGUGCCCUCAUCGCCGACCGCUGGGUGAUCACAGCUGCCCACUGUUUCCAGGAGGACAGCAUGGCCAAUCCAGCGCUCUGGACAGUGUUCCUGGGCAAGAUGCGGCAGAAUGCCCGCUGGCCUGGAGAGGUGUCUUUCAAGGUGAGCCGCCUGCUCCUGCACCCAUACCACGAGGAGGAUAGCCAUGACUACGACGUGGCCCUGCUGCAGCUCGACCACCCAGUGGUGCGCUCGUCCACCGUCCGCCCCGUCUGCCUGCCCAUGCGCUCCCAUGUCUUCGAGCCGGGCCUGCAUUGCUGGAUCACGGGUUGGGGCGCCCUGCGAGAGGGUGGCCCCACCAGUAAUGUCCUGCAGAAGGUGGAUGUGCAGUUGGUUGCACAGGACCUGUGCAGUGAGGCCUAUCACUACCAGGUGACACCACGCAUGCUGUGUGCUGGCUACCGCAAGGGCAAGAAGGAUGCAUGCCAGGGUGACUCUGGUGGCCCGCUGGUGUGCAAGGAGCCCAGUGGCCGCUGGUUCCUGGCGGGGCUGGUCAGCUGGGGCCUGGGCUGUGGCCGGCCCAACUACUUUGGCGUCUACACUCGCAUCACAGGUGUGAUUGGCUGGAUCCAGCAGGCCCUGACCUGAGGUGCCAUGAGCCGGGGGCACCUCCUGGAAGGAGAGCACACAGGGCACCCACCAGGUGGAGGAACAAGUAUUCUGGGGGCAAGUGGCCCUGCAGAGGCAGGAGGCCUCAUCCUGUCCCUACCAUUCUCCAGACUGCACAAGGAGGGGGAAGGCCAUCAGCCUGUGGUCAGGACCUCCUGGGGGCCCAGGUCCAAUGGGUCAGGAUGGUGGGGGUCACACCCAGCCCCAUCACCUGCCAGUCCAUCCUCUUGGUCUCAUCUUUCUCCCUGCUUCAUACUCGGGGGUACUCAGUGGGAUGGUGCAGCUCUGUCCCAGGAAGAAGGGUCAAGCUCCCUCCUCCAGGCAGAGCCUGUGCAGAUGCGACGCGUAGCCCUGGCUCCAGAGCAGAUUCCAGCCUCUGUGAGAUGGGAGGUGGGCCUGGGACGACAAGUGGGCAACUGCUGCCCUAAGCCAAAGGGUGGGAUGACCUCAGCUGGAGGGUCCUGCCACCCCUGCCCCCGCCUAGAGGGCAGCUCACUCUCAAAAAUAAAGCACCUGCCCCAG